CCGCCCCGGCGGUGACGUGUGAGGGCCACCUCAGGGCUCGGCCGAGGCGGCGGCGGAGCCAAAACGGGGAACUCGGUUGGAACCACAACCCUCGAGCUUAGCCCAGAGCCAUGGGUAGGACCUACUUGGUGGAGGAGGGGAUCGGGCAGUACCUGUCCGAGCUCAGCACAGCGGUGAAGCCUUAUGUCACUGGGCUGCUCAUAGGGCAGUGCUCCCCACAACGGGACUAUGUCAUCCGGGCUGUCCGCACCCCUCCCAAGGACCAGCACGAGGAGCAGAACAGCCCUCCAAAACUGGCAUCCCUGGAUGAGGAGUGGAUAACCACACACGCCAGCCAGGUGUCCAGGAUGCUCCCUGGUGGGUUGCUGGUUCUUGGUGUGUUCAUGAUUGCGAGCCCAGAGCUGGCAAAGGACGGGCAGAACGCUCUGCGCAAGCUAAUCUUCUCAGUGGAAAAGUCCCUGACUAAAAGAAGGCUCUGGAAACCUGCUGAGGAGGAGGUCUCAGACAGAGCAGCUCUUCAAAUCUGCUCUGCUACAAAGAAAGUAGUUUGCAGAACCUACGACGUGCAAGAUCCAAAGAGUUCAGCUAAACCAGCAGAUUGGAAAUACCAGAGUGCUCUGUCUGCCUCCUGGCUGGCUUUGGGCUGCACAGUAAAUGUUAAUAUUCACAUUCCACUUCUUGCUACUUCCCCAAACCAUGACCUGGAGAAGAACACCAAGAACGGGUUGAACCGGUGGUCGAAGCAGAUAGAAGACAGUGUUUUCCUCAUCAAUGGACAAGUUAAAGAUGAUGAUACAGAGCUACUGGAAGGGCAGAAAAAGUCAAGAGGAAAUACUCAGUCCAGCACUCAGUUCUCUGAUGUCAAGGUGCUGACACAGCUGUGCCAGGGCUCCAGUCACAGAUCGACAGCUACAGUGCAGGUGUGCAGUGGUUCCAUAAACCUCAGGGGGGCUGUGAAAUGCAGAGCCUACAUCCAUAACAACAGGCCAAGGGUUAAAGAAGCCAUUCAGGCUUUGAAAAGGGACAUAAUAAACACAUUGAGUGAUAGGUGUGAAAUACUCUUUGAAGAUCUGAUUUUAAAUGAAGGACCUCAGAAAAAAAGUUUUGAGAGGGAAUACCAUGUCUUGCCUCAGAGGCUCUUUGUGCCCGUGCCUGGGUCCAGUGUGAUGCUCAGCGACUACAAGUUCGGCGACGAGGCCGCUGGAGAAAUCCAGGAGCGUUUUGUGGAGCUGUUGGAUCAGGCUGUGCAAGCUGAAGAAAUCCACACAGCAGAGGGGAUCAGCACAGUUGAUAUUUGUCCAGUUCCUGACAACCUGGAGGACACACAACAGACACAGCUGACAAAAGCAACGUUGCUGUUGAAGCUUCAACAAAAUAUGGGUGUGGUGGUGGCAGCUGCUGUUGCAAUCCUUGCAUCCAUCUUCUCUUUCAACUACUUCAGUGACUGAGCUGCAGCCCCUGGAGCUCCAUGGAAACGUUGGCCAUUUCCCAGCUGGAAACAGCUGGGUUUAAUGGAUUGGUAAUUAAUUGUUGCCUAAAUAUCCCCAGGUAGAUGUGCAAUAUCAGUGUAAUGGUAGGCUCAGUUACCUUGUUCCAGCAUGCACUUCAUGUAUCAAGUAGAAUUAUGCAGGUACAGAAUCAAGUACAAAGUGAACCAAGUUUACAGGAAACCAACCCUGUCGCUCCAUAUAAAUGAAUGAUGAUAUUAUUUUCUAGAAGGAGCCCUUAAAAAGAAAUAUGGAACCUUCAUUUUCUUCCUGCUGGCUCCUCCAGUGCAAAAUGCUGCUCCUGGUGUUUCUCAGGCUACUGAUAAGACUAGUGUAGUUACCUGGUAUGACAAUUCCUGCUUUAAUUUGCUAAGAGAAAUCUCAUUAAAAUUAAUUGCGGAAAAAUUAGAUUUACUUUUAGGUAAUACUGGUUAACUAGCAUAAAAGAUAUACAAAUAGUUUCUAGAAUUUUCAAGACUAGACCAAGGCAACCUGUAAAUACCUUAGUUCAAGAUCUGGAGAACUCAGAAAUCAAUAAAUUUCUCUGUCCAGCUCUUAUUCAAUCAUUGUUCUCUUGGAAUAUUAACUAUUUCAGCAACAGCUACAUGUAGGCAGCCCUUGUGGUUUAUCUUGUAGGUACAUGCAAGUUGUCAAAAUUAUUGCUAAUCAGGAUUUUUAGACUAUAAACAGAAAUCUUUCCAUUAUAGGAUAUUUUCCAGGGUACACUGGGCUAUAACAGGUUUACUUGCCAUGAGGAGAGGUGAAGGAGGGAAGAAUUCUAAGAAGGUUAAUAAAGAUAAUUUGUAUAUAAAAUGUGAUGUUUACUUGGACCUGAGCUACAAUAGAAAAGAGUUCCAGAUUUUAAGGCAUUUUAAUACCACUGCAAAUACCUUUUCUUGUUUAAAGGCACUGGAACACAAAGGAAAAAUAAACACUCUGGUUCUAAAGCGUAAUCAAGGAUGUGCUGGGAUACCUUUAUUAAAGGCAACUGUGAGGAAAGGUG